GGUGAAACUGGUAAACUAUACCUAUAGGGGCUUAGUCGAUGGAUUCGAACAUUCAAAUUAGCGCGGCUCUUCCCUAAACUAAAAUCAGCACUCCGACAAAUCACUUUGCUCUACACCAACUCCCACCAACGAUAACAAGAUGAACGAAACACUCAGGGAACUCCGUCGCGAUCUUGCCAACAAGUACCGACAGCAUGGCCCCCGGAUCGAAGAGAGGUGGCGUUCGCUCAGUCAAGAACAACGCAAGAAGAUCAUGCAGGCUGGCUCUCGCGAUGGCGCUGUCUUGAAGCAUGCUGAAGAUACGAGCCUGGAGAAUGUCUACAAGUUCAUUCCCGAAUGGAAUCUACGCGACAUUACUGCACCCUCAUCAAACUUCUUCCUCGACAUGCUAAAGCACCGGGCCACCCUACCACUCAAAGACCAAUACGCGACUGGAUUCAAUGGACGUCCAGGCGAUCACGCGCACAUAGUCGAUAUGAUGCAGAGGAAGAACCUACGACUGCAGAACGCCGACCAAUACAUGAAUUGUUACACGCUCUUCCUGACAGAGGACGGCUACGGUGAAUCGGUCGAGAUCCUCGCAGAAAAGCGAGAAGAGGUUCUCGCAAACAUGAAGGCGGCUAUCCAAGCUCAGGUCAUAGUACCGCAAGCUACUGGCGAGCUAAUUCUUAUGCGACAGAUAAACCUGCUGCAGCUACUCAACUUUAGCAUUGAAGGCAUUCUCGAUACCGCGUCUACCACGCGGACCCAGGCGAAGCGCCCGAAGAAACCAGCCGACGAGGCGACUGCAGCUUUAGCAAAGUUGUCCGUACACUCAGCUCCGAAGAAGGUCGAACUCUCAGACCUCGUUGGAGUGGCUCACGAUCAGGUGUCGUCGCGUGAAGACAUCGUUAGUCUCAUUGCCACUGAGCCUACGGUCCUAGCCCAUGAAGUCAACUUUUGUUUCUUCAGUAGGCCAGAACUUGUGGCCGACGAGAAGGGCCGUAUGUUGCCUGUACAUACAGAUAAAUACAUCAGCGGUGCUGUAUUGGAUGCCGUCCAGAACUCGGUAAAGACUGCUGCCACAUGGAACUACGUUGGCCGUCUCAUGGAAUUACUGAAGGGGACAUCAGACAAACAGUUCCGAGCGACUAUCCUCAAUGAAUUGUCAAACACUUGCCACCUGGAAUAUCUGCGCGCCCAGAAUGGAUUCAAACGUAGUGUGGCUGUUGGUUUGGGAGGCAGCAAAUGGUUCAAGCGCAUGUCGACCGCACAGAAAGACGGCAUUCCGCGGAUCUUGCUGAAGAGAAGCCCCGAGUCUUUCACAGUAGAGAACCCGCAAUUACACUACAUGCUCCGGCUCUGUCAGGACGACAUAAGCUGGUCUGGGGCUGCACAAUGGCUUCAGAAGCUGGAGGACCUCCAUCGAGCUCACCCGCUAGAGCGAGACAAUCUCUCGGAGCGGGAGUACGACUGCCUUGGAGACUUGGCCAUCAUCGUCACCUUCAUUCAGUCUCUCUCGUCAGUCGCGCAAUUACCCACACCAAACCACAAGAAAAGCCAGCCAUUCGUACCAGGAUACACAUCUUUGGACAAGGAACUAAAGUCACUGAAAGACGGCAUAGAUCUCGGCGAGUACGCUAUUCCGAUCGACAACUUGCUGGAGCUGGGUAUGGCUGAGGGCGCUCUGGCAACGCUGGAUCAGUAUAUUGUGGAGAAGACGGGUACGAAGCUCGGCUUUCUUUACCAAGAUCUAGUUGAGAACUGUGCAUCUAGCAUCCAGCAACAGCACGAGCAGCAAAAGGCAAAAGCUAGUCAAGGCCAAGCCGAGUACAGGGCACCAACAGCUCCCGAGACCCCAGCAUCGAACAUCGGGCAGCGCAAGCAGAAGGAGAAGACGCGACCGGCGCAAAAUCCCAUCUACGAAAUAACGCCACAAGCCACCAUUAAUGAUCAGCCCGCUUCGUCAAAAGAGACCUUUUACGUCAAGCCAUCCACUGCCGCCGUCUUCUCGUCGCUGUUCUCGAGGUCAUCGGCAGCUCGGAGCCCAGCGCUCGGCUCUGCUCCUAACACGAUACGUAUGGUCGCGACUGGGGGCGUGAUUCAAUCGAAAACCAUGAAUGUGCAAGACUUCGAUGCAUGCUCCGAUUUUCUCAUUCCUCGAACGCGCUUUGCGCGAACGACAACCACUCUAAGUGUGAUAUUAGUUCGCGACAUUGAUUUGGCGUGUCGACUGUCUUAUUUCCGCGCCAGAUGA